UGAGAGGAAUUGAGGAUCGGAAAAAAUGGCGCAGUGAGGGCAAGAAUUUGUUUUCGGAAGUGCCCCUAUCGCUUUCAAAGCAAGAGCGGCUUUUUCAAACAAGAGUAAAACGUGGAGUGUUUCUUACAGUCUAGAUAUCUAGUUUGUAAUUUUUGAGCUCCAGAAUACACUGAGCAACUUGUUAAAUUGACGUCAUGGUUUUGAACUGCUGUGUUUUUGGGUGCAAAAACAGGAAAAGCAGAGGGUCCACCUUGUCAUUCCACACGUUUCCUAUGAAAGACCUUGCAAGGAAACAGCAGUGGAUCAAAAACAUCAGCAGAGAAGACGUUAAUGGCAAGCCCUGGCAGCCAUCAUUGUACGAUAGAGUAUGUUCAACCCACUUCAAACCAGCGGAUUUCAAAGAUGGAACACUGGUUAAAUGCCUCAAGGACGAUGCAGUUCCAACUAUUUUUCCAAAUUACCCUAGCUACAAGCAACCAACUCCUUCUCGUAAACGUCCACCACCGAAGGAAAGGCCCUUCCCUUCACCCUCAACAUCAUGUGCUUCAUCGCCACGGCUUCCAAAAUACAGUUGCAUGGACCACACAUACAGCUAUCAAAGUGUAGAGGAACAUCUGCGAAUUACAAAGGAAAAACUUGCAGAGACUGUGCAAAAGUUACAAAGUGAAAGAGAGAAGACAAGAAUUCUGGGGCAGAAAGUGCAUCGACAAAAGUGUAAAAUUACUAGCAUUUUGACGCCUCACCAGUAGCUAUCGGAAAGUAAUAAUUUGAAGUGAGCACCUCCGCAAGAUCUUAUUUUUGGUGAGUCUUUUAUGUUUGCUGCUUCUUUUUUAUUACCAAUCACGUAUUACUAAUUAUAAUGCGUCCACUCCUCAGCCCCCAAAAAAGGAGUUGGAACAUAGGAAACAUGUCAGUACUACUCUUUGUUUACUUUGUUUUACAUUUGAUUUUUAUGUGUAAAGCAUUCU